AUGCUUCAAGACUGGAAACCCGGCACGGACUGCUGCAAAUGGUCCAGUAUGGACUGCCUGGGUGAAAACCGGGUCAUGACUCUCUCCCUCACUGGCCAACCCGGAGAACGGGAUAGCUUCUUGUCCGGUACAAUCUCGCCUUCUCUCGGCAAAGUGCAAAACCUGGUUGGAAUUUACCUGCUGAAACUUCAAUACGUUUACAUCGAAUACAACCGGCUUUCCGGCCCGAUCCCCCGAAAUAUCGGAAACUUGGCUCGAUUCGGUGCGCUGAGCCUAGAGGGAAAUCGGUUCACCGGGCCAAUACCGAGUUCAAUCUCCCAGCUUACUGGGUUGACUCAGCUCACAGGCAUCAUUACUGCGUUCCAGGACAAUUUUCGAAAAUAA